AUGAAAUUUGAACGCAACAACAACACUAGUGAUUUUUCAUAUUUGAUAGAACUCGAACCAAAAAAAGAAUACGAACUUAAACCUACCACGUUACAAGAGUUGCGUACUCGUACUAGCUACAAGAGAGCUCCAAAUGCCUUUGUCCUAUUCAGAAGUGAUUUUCAACGUUUACUCAAAUGUUCUGUUGGAAAAGCUUCAUCUCUGGCUUGCAUAUUUUGGGAAAUGGCCGAUGCGGUUCUUAGAGAGCACUACACGGAUAUAUAUAAGAAGCUUUCAGACGAAACGCCUCCUAAAUGGGAAUUCAAACUGUUUAUUCCGCCGCGAGAGCGUCGAAAAAAAUUGAAGGGCUCUUCUUCUCCUGCAAGCGCCAAAAUACUUCCUUCGGUACAACAUUUAAGCAAGAAAGAUACCACCGACCCUUGUCCUUCCACUCCAUCAGUUGCGUUACCCGAUAACCAACUUGAAUUGGAUUUAAAUUCAAACAGCGAGGGUCCUAGUAACUUUCACACCGAAAUACUUCCUUCGGCACAACAUUUAAAUAAUGAAUAUACCAUCGACCCUUGUCCUUCCACUCCAUCAGUUGCGUUACCCGAUAAACAAUUUGAAUUGGAUUUAAAUUCAAACAAUAUUUAUUGCAACAUUCACACCGAAAUACAUCCUUCAGCACCGAAAUAUACCAUCGACCUUUGUCCUUCCACUCCACCAGAUGCUGAUAGAAGGUUACCCGGUCACCAAACUCAACAGUGGCACAAUUGUUUCGAAUUUUACGAAGGUCCAAUAUUGUUUCCCUGUAACCAAGAAUGGCUUUGGAACUCACCCCCAGUGACUGUACCGAUACCGUUAACACAUAACAAUUGUAGCAAUUACGAAGUUACUAGUUCACAUCCAACGGUUGAGCUUGGUUAUCCAUCUGAAUAUUAUAUGGCAAAUUGUCUUGAUGAAAAUGCUCUUUAUACUAACUUUUGA